UUGGAUCCAAGAUGGCGUCCUUCGUGCUUGUUCUCCUGCUGUUCGCGUGCUCAGUCCAACUAUCGUACUCUCAUGGACGUCCGACAUACGUCGACAAAUACGAUAUUAACUUCAUGUGUACACUGGCUAAAAAGUACUAUUCUGACUACUGUCAAGUCAACCAAGCGUCAGGACCCGCACCAGUCCGAAACCCCGGGAAGCAGACACGAGGACCAAGGAAACCAUGGUCAAGGAAUCCAAAAUCAAGGAAACCCAAAUCAAGGAAACCCAAAUCAAAGGAACCAGAGCCGACCACAGCACCACCGACCCCACCACCACCGACCACAGCACCACCGACUCCACCAGCACCGACCACAGCACCACCGACCCCAGCACCGACCACAGCACCACCGACCCCACCACCGACCACAGCACCACCGACUCCACCACCGACCACAGCACCACCGACUCCACCACCAACCACAGCACCACCGACCCCACCACCAGCAGAAUCAACAAUGCCGACAGUCGCGGAUAAAACCUUCUUAACUGGGUGCACACAACGAUGUGUCCGCAGCGACCUAGUCGCUUCACUGUGUAGUACUGGGACGCUGGCGACGAAAUGUGACAAUCUUCUUGUUGCAGACUAUGUGGGCUCGUAUACCUGCUGUUCAGGUUAAAACAGCGGACGUCGGAACACUCACUGCAUACGGAACUCGGUGAAAUAGUGUCUUGGUAUGAAGGGGAAUCCAAGUUCAACCCCUAUGUGUGGUAGAUCGAUUACAAUGGUUAACAGGGCAUCAGUUGCCCUUGGUAACAGUUUACUUAAGAUUCUCUGCGAAGGUAAUGUCAAUAUUAAUAGUAUGCACAAUUAUAAAUUAUCACGGUUGUACACAAAAUGUUACAUAUCAGUUGGAUAUAGAUUCUUCUCCUUCCUAUACCUAAAUAUAAAUAAACUGAUGUUCCAGCAA